ACGUCCAGGGUCCGGGGGAUGCCCACCCGAAUCAUCCUAGGCCUGUGGACGCUGUGGGCGGCGCCGGGUGUGCGACGCUGCGGCUCACCUGGCGCUGCAGGUGGAGAAAGCGAGGGCACACCAUCUAGGCUUCUACAGCGUCACUACACUUUCCCCUUCUCUCCGGAUUGCCUGUGGUCCUCCGGGGGAACAGUAGGGUAGGUGAGAACAAGUUUGGGGCGAGGGAGCAAAGUGGGUUAAGGGGUAACAUGUGCAAGAGUGCUCAGGGUCUUAGCUACCUCCGGGAACCAGGAGAACCCUCCGCCUCUGCGGCUUUAAGGAAGCUGCCGAGUCCAGGCUGUGUCGCAGCAACUUUGUAUCAGUCAUGUCGCCCGCCUGGUGACUGACAGCCCCGAUUGCCCAAUGAGAAGCGCGCCUGGCCCGCACAGCGUGGAGCCUUAUUUCCCCCUUGGCCAAUGGAAAUGGCUCCGGCGGGCGGGACAGCGACCUGAACUUUCUGGACAUGUGACCUGCUUUUAAAAGAGCCAGCCUUCCAACUGCCCCCCCCCGGGGGGGGCUCCCUCCCUCUUUUGCAUGCCCAGGCCCUGCCCCUGCCCCUCCCCUCAGCUCCUGCGCACCCUGGGUGUCAUUGGGCCCGGGAGAAGAGAGCCAACUUCAGGCUGCUCAGAGGAAGCUUGUGCAAGUCACCUGGGCGCCAGCGCUGCUGCCUUGGACUCUCCCGCUGCAGGGAGAGUGGCACUCGCUGGCCUGGAUGUGGUUGGAUGUAGGGGGGCUCCGCAGCACGGGUGUCGUAGUGGUGACAAGCGCUGCAACAGGUAGACAGCAAGAGGACGACCCCGGCCGAGGCAGCUAUGGAAACCAAAGGCUACCACAGUCUCCCUGAAGGUCUAGAUAUGGAAAGACACUGGGGUCAAGUUUCUCACCCGGACGAGCGUUCUUCACUUGGACCUGCAGAAUCGACUGAGGAGAACAACUACAUGGAGAUUGUAGACGUCAGCUGUGUUUCCGGUGCUACUCCAAACAGCAGUUCUCAAGGAAGCAGCAAAGAAAACCACGAAUUACUCCCUUGCCUUCAGCAAGACAGUGGUCGGUCUGGGAUUUUACCAUCUGAUAUUAAAACAGAGCUGGAAUCCAAGGAGCUCUCAGCCACGGUGGCCGAGUCCAUGGGUUUGUACAUGGAUUCCGUGAGAGAUGCGGAGUACACGUAUGACCAGCAGAACCAACAAGGAGGCAUGAGCCCGGCAAAGAUUUAUCAAAACAUGGAGCAACUGGUGAAGUUUUACAAAGAGAACGGACACCGGCCCUCCACACUCAGUGGUAUGAGCAGGCCUUUGAGGUCAUUCCUGCCUGACUCUGGGGGUUCCAUGAAUGGUGGAGUCAUGCGGGCCAUUGUUAAGAGCCCCAUCAUCUGUCAUGAGAAGAGCCCCUCUGUUUGCAGCCCUCUGAACAUGCCAUCUUCAGUAUGCAGCCCAGCGGGCAUCAACUCUCUGUCCUCCUCCGCAGCUAGCUUUGGCAGUUUCCCAGUGCACAGCCCCAUCACUCAAGGAACCCCUUUGACCUGCUCCCCCAACGUUGAAAACCGAGGCUCGCGGUCACACAGCCCUGCACAUGCUAGCAACGUGGGAUCCCCACUUUCAAGUCCAUUAAGCAGCAUGAAAUCCCCGAUUUCCAGCCCCCCAAGUCACUGCAGUGUAAAAUCUCCAGUCUCCAGUCCAAACAAUGUCCCUCUGCGCUCCUCUGUGUCCAGCCCGGCAAAUCUUAACUCAAGGUGCUCCAUUUCCAGCCCUUCCAACACCAACAAUAGAUCGACGCUCUCCAGCCCGACAGCCAGCACGGUGGGGUCCAUAGGCAGCCCCCUCAGCAAUGCCUUCAGCUAUGCCGCCUCGGGCGCUUCUGCUGGAGCCGGUGCUGUCCAGGAUGUGGUUCCCAGUCCAGACACCCAUGAGAAAGGUGCUCGCGAUGUUCCUUUCCCUAAGACAGAGGAAGUCGAGAAGGCCAUCUCCAAUGGCGUGACUGGCCAGCUCAACCUUGUCCAGUACAUAAAACCAGAACCAGAUGGGGCUUUCAGCAGCUCCUGCCUAGGCGGAAACAGCAAAAUCAACCCCAGCUCUCCGUUCUCUGUACCCAUAAAGCAAGAAUCCACCAAGCACUCUUGUUCAGGCGCCUCGUUCAAAGGGAACCCCACGGUCAACCCGUUUCCAUUCAUGGAUGGCUCGUACUUUUCCUUUAUGGAUGAUAAAGAUUAUUACUCCCUAUCAGGAAUCUUAGGACCACCUGUGCCCGGCUUUGAUGGUAGCUGCGAGGGCAGCGCAUUCCCAAUGGGGAUUAAGCAAGAACCGGAUGACGGGAGCUAUUACCCGGAGACCAGCAUCCCAUCAUCUGCCAUCGUUGGUGUGAAUUCGGGUGGACAGUCCUUUCACUACCGGAUUGGUGCUCAAGGUACAAUAUCUUUAUCACGGUCACCUAGAGACCAAUCUUUCCAACACUUGAGUUCCUUUCCACCCGUCAAUACCUUAGUGGAGUCAUGGAAACCGCACGGUGACCUGUCAUCUCGGAGAAGUGAUGGAUAUCCGGUCCUAGAGUACAUUCCAGAAAACGUGUCAAGCUCGACUUUACGAAGUGUUUCUACUGGAUCCUCGAGACCUUCCAAGAUCUGCCUGGUGUGUGGAGACGAGGCUUCUGGAUGUCAUUACGGGGUAGUGACCUGCGGCAGCUGCAAAGUCUUCUUCAAGAGAGCCGUGGAAGGUAAAUGCUCAUGGCAACACAACUAUUUAUGUGCUGGAAGAAAUGACUGCAUCAUUGAUAAAAUUCGGCGAAAGAAUUGUCCUGCCUGCAGGCUCCAGAAGUGUCUUCAAGCUGGUAUGAACUUAGGAGCUCGAAAGUCAAAGAAGCUGGGGAAAUUAAAAGGCCUUCAUGAGGAGCAGCCACAGCAGCCCCCACCGCCACCACCCCAGAGCCCGGAAGAGGGGACCACAUACAUCGCUCCUGCCAAGGAGCCAUCCGUGAACUCCGCACUGGUACCACAGCUUGCCUCCAUCACGCGUGCACUCACGCCAUCGCCGGCUAUGAUCCUGGAGAGCAUUGAGCCUGAGACCGUGUAUGCAGGCUACGACAGCUCCAAGCCUGACACCGCGGAGAGCCUACUCUCCACGCUCAACCGCCUGGCAGGCAAACAGAUGAUCCAGGUCGUGAAGUGGGCCAAGGUACUUCCAGGAUUUAAAAACUUGCCUCUUGAGGACCAAAUUACCCUCAUCCAGUAUUCUUGGAUGUGUCUCUCAUCGUUUGCCUUGAGUUGGAGAUCGUACAAACAUACGAACAGCCAAUUUCUCUAUUUUGCACCAGACCUAGUCUUUAAUGAAGAGAAGAUGCAUCAGUCUGCCAUGUAUGAACUGUGCCAGGGGAUGCGCCAGAUCAGCCUUCAGUUCGUGCGCCUGCAGCUGACCUUUGAGGAAUACUCCAUCAUGAAGGUUUUGCUGCUGCUAAGCACAGUUCCAAAAGAUGGCCUCAAGAGCCAGGCUGCAUUUGAAGAGAUGAGGACAAAUUACAUCAAAGAACUGAGGAAGAUGGUCACCAAGUGUCCCAACAACUCUGGACAGAGUUGGCAGAGAUUCUACCAACUGACCAAGCUUCUAGACUCCAUGCAUGAUCUGGUGAGUGACCUGCUCGAAUUCUGCUUCUACACCUUCCGAGAGUCCCAGGCUUUGAAGGUGGAGUUCCCCGCCAUGCUGGUGGAGAUCAUCAGUGACCAGCUGCCAAAGGUGGAGUCCGGGAACGCCAAGCCCCUUUACUUCCACAGGAAGUGAAGGAAGACGUCAGCCAGGAAGAACUUUGCCUUACGUUUCCCCACGUCGCUCUACACCUAUGAAGGACCCAAGAAAUCACAUUUUCACAUGUGACGGCUGAUUCGC